GGCAGUGACUGAGUCAGAAUUCGAAGCAGUGUGUUUAACAUUGAGACAAUGUAAGACAGCUUGGAUCACAUUUCCCAGCCUGGCUAUAAAGCAUAAUUUAACUUCGGCUUCAGGUUGCUCAGGUAACGGCGCGGCAGUUACCAUGGAUUUACAAACAUACCACCUCUGACCAAUAAGGAGCUUCGCUUUCAGGCACGUGUAUGGACGCCGAAAAAUGCGAAAGGAUCUCAAUGAAACUCCUAUAAUGCCACUGAUGAGGAGACAAUAAAAGAAAAACAAAACAAAUUAAGGUUGAGAACCACUGUUUUACAUGAAUGCUGACAGUGUAUUAAUCCUUUAUCAUUCCCAGUCUUUCUGACAUCCCCGGGCUGAGACCUCUGCUAACAAAUUGGCCAUCUGCCAUGUCGUCCCCAUCUGUAAUUCAUUCCUCUGCCUCUCGGGAAACAACUGGCUCGGUGAAACAGUCAAGACUGAGAACGACCUCCCUGCACUCGGCUCCACUCUCAUCGCUGCCAUCAGUGAAGUUGGAAGCUGAAACUAAAUCUGUUAUCUCAGAUGUUGAAGAAGGUGAUCUUCCCACUUCCAAAAACCCUUUCAAGAUCCCACGGGAUUGUGAUAUCUUCCAGUUGAGAGAAAAGGAAAAAGAACAAAAGAAGCUAGAACAUGAACAGAAUAAGAAGCUGAAAAUACAUGAAAAAAUAACUUAUACAGGCAGAGUCAAUGCCAAGCGUGCAGCUAUAAGGGAAUUAGUGUCUGUAGAAGAAAAUGGGGCAACCACAGACGAGGCUGAAGAGGGGACUGCAGCAGCUGUUAAAGAUGACACUUCAUGGAAGCUCGCCAUGACCAAAGAUCGCUAUGUAGAAAAAGAAAGCAUAAAUGAAUACAUCGCAAAGAAAAGGGAAAUGUUUCUUUUGCAGUAUUCCUUGGCAGUGAAGCGAGAUGAGAUGCGCAAAUUAGAUGAAGUGGCCAUGCUGGAGGAGCAGAAGCUUGAAAAAGCUGAACAGUUUUUGGAGAACGAUGCAGCAAUGUUUGAUGAAUUUUUGAAAGAGAAUGACAGAAACUCAGUGGAAGCAAUUAAAAAUGCUGAGAUGGAAACAAAACUUAAGCUGGAAAAAGUAUCUGAAAUAAAACGAAUCUCUGCAAAGAUAGUUGGAAUUAAGAGUGAGAUUUCCAAGUAUGAAGAGAUCCUUAAAGACUACAAGAUGUACAAACAUUUUCUCAUUAAGAUGUCCCCUAAAGAAUGGCAACAGAAAUACCUAGAAAAGCAAAAAGAAUCCAAAAAAGCCAAGGUGGCAGUCAAAAAGAAACAGAAAGUGGAAGAAGGGAAAAAAUCGGCAUCAUCAACAUCUGCCAAAAGGGCAGAUGGCCGGACUCCACCUGCAGGGAAGGAAUCUGUUUCGUUCCGAGACACCAGGAAUUCAUCAAGAAGUAGUCAGAAGGCACUCUCUGGAAGAAAACAGAGUAUGAAGUCCUCGGAAAAAGAAGACGAUCAAGCAAUUUCUUCUGACAGUGAUGAGGAAGUAGAACUGUAUUUCCAAGACCCCCAAGAACUCUUGGAUAUUCUUGCUGAGCUGGAGGAACAAAAUUUGUCUCACAUUCAGAAUUCUCAGGAAACCGAGGAAACACUAGAAGAAUUUAAGCAGAUUGUGACUUCAACCCAAAACAGCAUGGACAAGGAGAUAAUGGCACUAGAGCAUCAGAUCACCGAGUUAAACAAAGCCAUUGAACAAGAAAAGGAGAAAGCAGCUGAACUGGAGCUCAAGUCUCGAGUGUUCUCCUUUGGCCAGUACAAGCCAGAAGAUCAGGAAGAAAUGCUGAACAACCUGAACGCUCAAGUGGAAGAAGUUUAUCGGACCUGCAUCGGAGACAAUGAUGCAAACCUGAGUACGCUUCUCAUGCUGACAUCCAUUGAGACCCGACUGGAGGAGCUCUUUGAGAGUCUUGAGACCAUGCCCCAAGAAAGAGUAGACGCAGUGGCAAAAUCCAAGGAGAAGGAGAGACGACUCAAGUUUAGAGAGGAAAAGCUGAAGCUACAGAAACAACACCAGGAGGAGAGAGUUCGCAAAGCAUUAGAAAGGGCACAGGCUGAUAUUAAGAAGCCGUCUGGAAGAAAGCUGAUAUAUCGUUCACAGCCUCCUGCACUCAAACAAGAAGAAAAUGACAAUCAAAUUUUUGCUGACAAGGAAAAAGAGGAACAGAAUUUCUUUUUCAGCUUCUGAAAAGGCAAAUUCACUUAAGAUGAGUAUUACUUGGGGAAAGAAAAAAAAAACACACACUGCACCAUCUCUUUAGGGAUAGGACAGUUUUAGAGUUUAUUAUUGGAUACCAUUGAAAAUGUAAUUUUCUGUGAAGGUAUAAUAAAACUGUAUAUACCCAUA